AUGGGUUUUAGUACAAAAUGGUGUAAUUGGGUUAGAUUUUGUUAUUCAACUGCUUCCUUUUCAGUCUUGAUCAAUGGUUCUUCUUUUGGUUACUUCAAAAUCUCAAGAGAAGUUAGCCAGGGAGAUCCCAUCUCUUCUUUGCUUUUUAACAUCGCCAUGAAGGGGUUUUCAAGAUACUUGGAUAGAGCAACAGACUUGAAGUUAUUCAGUGGGUUUUCUUGUACUCAAAAUGGGAUUAUAAUCAACCAUCUACAUUACGCAGAUGAUACAAUAUUUUUAUUACAUAACAGCAAGGUGGAGCUUCAUAAUUUGUUUUCGGCUCUACAUUAUUUUGAGUACAUCGCAUGUCUAAAAAUCAACACUACAAAGACUAGAUUAAUACCAAUCUGUUGUAUCCCAAAACUGGAUAAUUGGGCCACAGAAUUAGGUUUCUCUACUGAUUCCAUUCCAUUUAUGUAUCUUGGUUUGCCAUUCGGAGCUAAAUCUAACUCUAAAGCCACAUGGGAUCCUGUUUUGAACAAGUUCGAUACUAGGUUAUCAUUUUGGAACCAAAUCUCACUUUCUAAAGGUGCUCUCUAUAUAUAUUUUCUCGACAUUUACAAGCUGGACAGAGGUAAAUUCACUACUCUUGCUGAGCAUAUUUCUUUAAAUGGAAAUUGGUGUUUUAAUUUCAAAAGGAGACUGUCAUAUUUUGAGGCAAACCAAUAUGCUAGUAUGUUGCAUCUUUUAGGAGAUAACCCUCCUCUACUAGAUAGUUUGGCAGACACAAGGCGAUGGGAACUAACCUCAGAUGGAGUUUUUAAUGUUACAUUUCUCUAUGGUAAACUGAACUUACUUGUUGGAGUAGAUAAUUUCCCUCAUUCGCUUGUUUGGAAGAAAAACAUACCUCCAAAAGUUAAUUUCCUAAUCUGGUGUGCCGUUCAUGGAAGAUUGAAUAUUAUUGAUGUCUUGGCCGCAAAAUGUAUUAUUCUAGAAGAUGGGUGCAUCAUGUACGGAGAUGCUUUCGAGUCUGCAGAUCAUAUCUUCUUGCAUUGCAGAGUGGCUACAUGGAUUUGGUCACAGCUAACACCAAAUAAUUGGGCCUGGCCAUUUCCGAGAACCCUUUAUGAUCUUGCUCGUUGCUGGAACUUUAAUCUUUUUUCGCCUACCGGUAACCAUUACUGGCCACAUGUCCCUUAUUUUUAA